UUUUGUGUGUGUGUGUGUGUGUGUGUGUGUGUGUGUGUGUGUGUGUGUGUGUGUGUUAAGGACACACACAUACAGAGUAGCUGCCUUUAUGCUCUAACAGUAGAGUCCGGAUUUUAACACCAUAAUCUAGAUAAUCCUUCAAACCAGACCACGCACGCAUAUGAAGUGUGUUGAUGUUUGGAGCGUAUCAUAGAGGCACAGCGAGAAACUGAUGAAUGCUCUGCAGCACAGCGGGACUGCCGGCAAACGCACCUCAUGUCGUUCUUGGACUGUUCCUGUAUCUCCACCCACUCCCAGGUCCAGCCAAUCAGCUGUGAGGAUCAGUAUGAGGACAUCAGUGGGUCGUACCUGAGCAGCGAUGGCUCUUUCUUUGGAGCUGACGAUGACCUCUCCGGCUUGUCUGCUGAACCUGCAGAUUAUCAGCUGCUCUCAGUACUCGGGCAGGGUUUUAAUAACCUGAGCCAGGUGAGCAUGGCCCGUCACAGACCCUCCGGUCGACUGGUGGCGGUGAAAAACACCAAUCUGGACGAGUGUACGGAGGAGGAACUGCUGCAGCUUAUGAAUGAGGCUCUGUUGUCCAGACUGUUUCGUCACCCGAACCUGCUGACGUCCAGAUUGGUGUUCAGUUCCUGCUGCCAGCUGUGGGUUCUCGCUCCUCUAAUGAGCUACGGUUCCGCAGACUCGUUACUCAGGACGUUUUUCCCAGAUGGAAUGAGUGAAUCUCUGGUCGCGUAUCUGCUUUACGGAGUCCUGAAUGCUCUGAAGUACCUGCACCACAUGGGCUACAUACACAGAGGUGUGAAGGCGAGUCACGUGCUGCUCUCGGCAGGGGGUCACGUGUGUCUUUCGGGCCUGCAGUGUGUGUACAGCCUGAUGAGAGACGGAAAGAGGAUGGAGGUUGUGUUUGAUAUGCCGCAACACACACCCUCACUGCUCCCCUGGCUCAGCCCCGAGCUCCUGAGACAGGAUCUUCAUGGUUACGGAGUGAAGUCUGAUAUCUACAGUGUGGGUGUGUUGGCAUUGGAGUUGGUCAGUGGAAGAGUUCCGUUCCAGGACCUGCCCCCUACCCUGAUGUUGCUGCAGAAGCUGCGUGGCUCUCUGAGCUGCAUGCUUGAUGGCGCCCCCUAUGCUCUGGGAGAUUUCAGCACGUUGAAGGUGUCUCGUUCCGGAGUGGACUCUGGGAUCGGAGAGAGCGUCGCCGCAGGAAGUCUAACACGCACCGCCACGGCAGAGAGACCGCAAAGCCCCACCCCCAAAAACCACUCCGCCACCUUACACAACCUGCUACAGCUCUGCCUACAACAACAACCUGAACGCAGGCCAUCAGCAUCAACUCUCCUCUCUCAUCCCUUCUUUAAACAGGUGAAGAAACACACCCCGGAGUCAUUCCUCAGCCUGGUGUACCCAGCCAUUCCCCUGUCCUGCCCCGUGGACGCUCCACCAUCUCCCCCGUCGCUCCAAGCUGACACACACACCAACACAAACCCCGAGCCUGUGGAUGGAGGAGUGUGGGAUUUCUCCUAAUACUCACUCUAUACACACUCUAUACACACUCUAUCAGCCUGACAGCUGUUCCUCACUGUAUUACACGCUAUCUUCCUGUCUUUAUCGGCAUAUCUCUCAUCAGUUCACACUCUCUUCUUCUACUGUGAUCCCCCGUAGCAGCUGACUCUGUGCUUGUUGUUGUACAGUGAAAAAUCUUCACCUUCAUCAUCCGAUCUUGUACAGAAAUCAUGGCUAGUCUGACAGGAAACCUCAGCAGAUUUCCUCACCCUAAACAGCUAGAAACUCUUCUCCCAUCUCUGAUAAGACAGGUCACAGAAAUAGAAACACUUAGAGAUAUGAGAAGUGCUUGCUCGUGGGAAAUUACCAUGUAAGUUCUGGUAUAUAUAUAUAUAUAUAUAUAUAUAUUUUUUUUUUCCUACAUAUAUAUUAUAUAAUUAUUUUUGUUCUAAGAUUUUAGUUAAACUCCAUUUGUAGAUCUUUUCAGUAUUUGUCCCUUUUGAUAUUAAAAUUUUUAUAUAUAUUUUCUUUUUCUUUUAAAAAAUACUUGACACACUAAAGCCUUUAACAUAGCGAAAUAAAUAUUUUUGCCUUAUUAUUAUUUUUCUGCAUAAAUACAUACAGCAGUUUUAAAAUUAAUUAUAUUAUAUAUUAAUUAUUAAUUAUAUUGUAUUUAUAUAUAGAAAGAGAAAGAGUGAGAUGAUAAGUAAUAAUAAUAAUAAAAAUAAUAAAAAUAUAUAUAUAUCUCUAUAUCUCUCUCUCUCUCUCUAUAUAUAUAUAGAGAGAGAGAGAGAGAGAGAGAGAGAGAGAGAGAGAGAGAGAAAUGGAGCUCAUGAUAAGUAAUAAUAAAAAUAAUAAAUUCACUAUAGAUAGAUAGAUAGAUAGAUAGAUAGAUAGAUAGAUAGAUAGAUAGAUAGAUAGAUAGAUAGAUAGAUAGAUAGAUAGAUAGAUAGAUAGAUAUAUAUGAAUGAUUAAUUUUCUAGAGAGAGACAGAGAGAGACUCCUGCCUUAUUUACCCCCUUAAUGUUCCCCUUUCUUUAAUACAUCACGAUGUCACAAUGUAGAAUUUCUUUGUUUAGGUUUUUGAUUUUGUAAAACCGUCUCGUGUUCAUGAGUUUUCGUCUCAAAGCCUUAGAUUUAGAUAGAUUUAUAGACAUCACUACAUUAUUAAACCUCAGUGACUUCAGACACACCACUGUAGUCGUGAAACCGAUAUACUGAGCCUCCAACACUGGGAAAAUGAAGCGUGUGUGAUUGUAACGUUUGUGUGUAUGUGUGUGUGUGUGUGUCCAUGCCCUAUGAACGACCUUUCCGUGUCCUCUGAAUUUUGUUUUUCCCAGUGAAGAAACCCGAACCUUGUGUUAACAGAACCUGUGAAGAAACACACUCUCUUCCAAACUCUUGAGGAACUACAGACUGUGAUCGACUUCAUAUCGACUCAAUCACAUUCAUGUUUUGUUUUUUUAUGCUGUUAUGUAAACUGUAUGAAUCAUUAAAAUGGGUUAUAAAUAUA